AUGUCAAAUGCAACUCAAUCUGAAACCAACAUUACUGCUGGACAGGGGUUAUUGGAAAGGGCAAUUUUUGCGACUCUGACUACCACACCAUGCUGUCUGUUUCUCUUCAUUAAUGGCACCAUGUUAUUCACCUUAAGGAGUAAAGCUGUGUUUCGUGAAACAUCUCGUUAUGUUCUUCUGUAUAACCUGCUUUUUGCAGACACUGUUUUGCUGGUACAGAGUCAGAUAAUGUAUAUACUGGCUGCUUGUAGAAUAACAUUAACAUAUCCUCUGUGUUGUGCUCUCGUUAUGAUCACCAAUCUCACAACUGUAAUCUCCCCUCUCACACUGGUGGUGAUGUGUCUGGAGAGAUAUGUAGCUGUGUGCUACCCACUGAGGCACGCUACGAUCAUCACCAUCAGAAACACAGGGGUGGCUAUCAUUGUGGUUUGGGCCUUUGGUUCACUGAAUGUCCUUAUUCAAGGUCUUCUGCUAUUAGAUUUCCCAUUUGAUCAGCUGCAGAGCCUGCAGAUGAAACACUUUUGUGGCAAAGAAAGCAUGUUGCUUACUCUAAUGUCUGAUCUUUAUGACAAAGCCUACACUUAUUUUCUGUUUGUUUCAGCUGGUUUGGUAGUCACGUGCUCCUAUAUUGGUGUGAUGGUAGCAGCCAGGUCAGCCUCCACAGACAAAGCUUCAGCCCGAAAAGCUCGUAAGACACUGCUGCUGCAUCUGGUGCAGCUGGGCCUCAUUCUGUUGUCGACUGUACACAACCCAUUGCUCAUGGCUAUCACAAAGGUCCUAGACAGGAUUAUGAUUGGGCGCAUCUACAUUGUCCUUUAUGUUUGUAUUAUCAUAUUUCCAAGAUGUCUAAGUUCACUCAUUUAUGGAAUCAGAGAUCAGACCAUCAGACCCAUCCUCAUGAACAAUCUCUGCUGGCCACCGUAG